UAAAUAGAGCCGAUAUUUCAUGAUUUAUCAUACCAUAAGGAUCAUGAUCAAAAUGUCAUGGUAAUUUGCCCAACUGGAUGACAUACCAAACUGGAACCUCCAGUUCAUCUGCUUACAGAAUCAAGAAAUUCAAACUGGAAACAUCGAUUAGAUUACCAAACGGAAAUCAUGUUGAUGAUAACCAAUUGAUUUUAAAAACAAAUUGUGAUGAAAUCAAGAAAGCAAAAGGAAGCUGAAUUUUGUGAUGAUUAUGACAAGGCUGCAAAAUACAUUGAUAACAGUGUAAAGAACAUCCGAAGCUAUUGUCAGAAGGCUAAUUUAACAACAGACUUGCAGAAUGAAUUUGGUGAUUAUUUGAAAGACUUAGGCUUGGAGAAUGAAGAUGAAUUAGGAGAAACUCUCAUCAAAUUAGGAGAUUGUUUAAAGUCCAUGGCUACAUUGAAUCAUGUCAUGCUGUGUAAUAUUGAAGACAAUUAUCUUCAACCAAUUUCAGAGUUUAGGAAGGAUCUUGUUGGAAACAAUGACCUUUCAUCUGCUGAACAAUACGCCAAAAAGUGUCUAAAACAAGAAGAACACAUGAAACAAUUAUUGCAAUACUUUAUGUGUUUCUACCACUAUUAUUCAGAGGGUUACACUCUCACAUUUCACUUGAAAGAACCUUUAGAGAAGAUCAAGGAUCGUUCUGUGAAGAAUGUCAUUGCAAUGAGAGAUCAAGUGAUGGAGGAAUUAAAACCAAAGAAGAAGCCACUUCCAUCACCACCUUCAGCAAGUAGUUCUACUUCACCAAACAGUUUCUCCUCAUCCAGCACAUCUCUUAAAAGACAGGAUUCUACAUUGAGUGGAACAUCCCAAUUUAAAAAAGCACCACCAAUUCCAAAACAUGCCUCUAGUUUGAGUUUAAAUUCCACUUCAUCAGAUAAUAAUAAGGUUAACAAUGGACAUGUUCAUCAAUAUAGUGAUAGCACUGUUUCAACAAUUUCAAACAGAAGUUCCUCCUCGUCAUCAUCCGAGGAAUAUGUUGAGCAAAUGGUUACACCAAGAAGUGUCCCAGUUGUCACUCCUCGAGUCAUUCCACCAAAACCAAUAUCAAAACCUCCUGUAAAGACUCAAUCACCUCCAUCUAAUGACAACUCACCUGUUGUUGAGCCAAAAGUUAUUGAAACGACAGCUUCAAAUUCUAUUAGUACUUGGAAGAAACCAGUUGCUCCAACCAUCAAGAGAAAUGAUAGCUCUACCCUUUCUCAACCAGCUCAACCCGAAUCUUCACCCUCAGUAGAUGUGAGCAGUCCCACUACCAGUAACAACUCUUGGAAGAAACCAACAGCUCCAACUGUUAAAAAACAGGAAGAAACCACAAGUCCAUCAUUGGAAUCUCAAAGAAAGCUCAACACCCAACAAACUAAUUCGGAUACCUCAUCAACAAAACCACAAAACAAAGUGAUUACAAAUAGUAGUGAGGAAUUAUCUUCAAGUGUUUCAUCAUUUAAAAAGAAUUUGGAACAAAGUAUUCAAUUUAGAUUACCUGGUAUGGCAAAUGAUAGUACUCACUCAGGAACUUCUCCAUCUCAUGAGACUGCAACUAGCCCAGCUAGCCCAGUAGUAAAUAGACCUAACACAAAACCUCCUGUUCCACAAUCCAGAAGACCUGUUCAACCAUCUAUUCCACCCCACGUUGCAAAAUGUAAAGCCAUCUAUCCCUACAAUGCACAGAGCUCGGAGGAGAUUACUUUCAAACCAGGGGAUAUUAUUCUUAUUUUUGAAAAAGAACAAGACUAUGGUUGGUGGAAAGGAACUGUUGAAUCUGAUUUGGAGAGAAAAGGAAUGUUUCCCUCUAACUAUGUUCAAAUUAUUUAAUGUUUGUAUAAUUUCACAAUAGCUCAAUAGCUCGAUAAUAAAUAUUUGUAUUAUGUCUG